AUGCUCCUUUCCUACAGUAACCACGAAAAAAUCUCACUCCGAUUAGAACGCGGCGCUCGGCCGGCCAUCACUUUCAGCGAAGACAGAAGAAAAAUCACAGUGCCCUUGGACACAGCACAAAAUUGGCGACCAGUAAAAACUGAACUCUUCAAUGAUCUCACCGUGGUCCUACAGCGGCUCCAACAACAAUUUAAAAUUACUGUUCAAGCUCAGAAUGAGCGCAAGCCAGAAUUUACGGUCUAUACAUCAGUGGCCCCACAUGAACGAGAGCUGCGUACCCAAGUUCGAGAAGUGAACACGAGGCUCUCUGAGCUGUCGAUCUCUGGCCCAAAUAUGGAUGUCUAUGGUGUCUUAAAAGCACCCAAAAUCUCUUUAGAAUCGACUUCCGGGACGAUGCGUAUAUACGCCAGGAUUGAAUCUGACCGGAUACGGUUAACCGCUCCAAAUUUGGUAGUGGCUCCAGAAGCGCUGCUCAGCACUAAUAAGCUCAGAAUGGCUGGUAGAAAAGUGCAGGUUGAUGGCCGAAUAUUCCCAUCUGAAAAUGGACCCAUCGAUGAGCCGCGCGUCAUGAGUAUUCGGGCGGAUGCACAACUUUUCCAUAUUGGAGUCGAUGGGCGGAUUGGCGAAGGGAAUGAUAAAGAAAAUUUGAAGAAUUCCCGCGGAAGUGCUCAGCCUCAGAUUAUGGCUGACGGGCUCCUUCUCCAAGUCAGCGGAUCACUGGCCAAUUAUGGUAAAAUCCUGGCGAUUGAGAAGGUUGAUCUAGCAAUCGGCGGAAGUAUCGUCUCCCUAUCUGAUGGAUCUAUUGAUUCAGCCACCCGAGGGUACGAUGCGCUCAAACAAAUUCGAGGUAUUGGAAAAGCAGUGGAGUGCAGCCCAAGCAGCUCCUCGCUCCAAUCAGCUAUCCAGGACCAAAAUGCAAAUGCUGUAGCUCGGCUUAUUGAAAUUGGGGUGGACAAGAAUGACAAGGCCCGAUCAAGGAGAAAAACCUUAAGACAAACGGCGAUUGCAAAGUAUCGUGAAGCCAAGGAAAGAUCGACCCAAAAUAACGCUCGCUCCGGCCUUGCCCUCAUCAAUGCACUUCUAGCUGUGCAUGAUUGGCGUCGAGGUUGCAUUCAAGCGAAUGUCAUUCAGGCAAAUGUGGGGAAGAACUGUGAAGAUUGUGCUCAAUUUAAUGCUGAACAUUUGCAAAUAGCAGCCGAUGCAGCUGUGGAAGCAGACUCAAUCUGGCAUUGUGGCCACGUGGAAAUGGAUGUUGGUGGAAAGUUUGAAGCGUGCGGUCAGAUCAAGCAUAAAACUGCCGUCUUCAAUGUAUCCAAACAAUGCACAAUUUCUGCAGAGGCCAUCGUUAGCCAUGAGGUGCUAUGCCGACUCUCAGCCGAGAGCGUGUUCUGUGACGGCGUUUGGUCCUCAGGGGAUACUGUUGUCAUCGAAACCCUUGAAUCCCUGGAACUUGCGUGCAACGGCGAUUGCCAUGUUGGUGGCACAUUGCAGCUUGGCGCGUUUUGGUUGACAGCUCAUAAAAAUGUUGUUACAACUGCCGAUGGGAAGGUUUUUGUCGAAGGCUCUUCUACAAUGACCGGCCAUAGCCUUUUGCAUAGUGGGAUCUGGACCGUUGGGACAAACUUGGAUGGGCAAUUUAAGGAUUCAAUUGAAUGUUUCCAUUCGUCUCGACUUGAGGCCCAUAUUGGGAGUUUGGCGUGCGAGCGCCAUUGCACUAUUGGAGGAAUUAUGAAUAUUGAAGUAAACCUUUGCGAAGGCGUCGUUACAGCUGGCGUAAUUCGCAACAAUACGACCUGGCAUGCAGAGGGCAGUCUGGCAAUCACCGCCGGCUCCGCCGAACAAUCCGUCGACGGCAUGUUCUUCGUCAAGGAAGUCCUAGAUCUAACACUACAUGCACAUGCUAAAAGCAUCCAUGGCAAGAUCAUUGCCAACCGUGCUUCCUUCAGGUUUCUCAAAGCUGUACAAGCCGAUGCCUAUAUUCGUGUAAACGAGAUUGACAUUGGACUACCAUACGCGGAUGAGAGUCAAUUUACAUUUGGCGGACAGAUUGAUGUUCUUGCAGGCUGCUUAACGCUAAAGGGAAAUUCACGGCUUGCCCAACUACCAACCAGCCUUCCGCAUCCGAGUCCAGCGUUACUCUUGGGCGGAAAAUUGAACGCCACCGCAAUCAUUGCUCCAUUCCUCGCAGGCAAGCCAUUGAAAUUCAUCUGCAACACACCGCAUAUCGAUUUCAAUACGUUGAUCUCGGCGGGGGCCUUGACUACCGGCAAAGGAUGCUCGAUAAUGUCAAUGGGCCACAGUGAAGUGUCAGAAGGGAUUGUGUGUGCGACCACAUGGGCUCAUAGCGGCCAAAUCCGUUUUGAAACGAAUCAAGUCAAUAUUCAUACCGGCUCUUUGUUAUAUGCUGGGCGAUUGACGAGUCUUCCUGACAAGCAGAACCAUGUUAUUGAUUUGCAAAUUGUUGUCGAUGAGCUACUUGUCAAUGAAGGCAUCAUCUCAGCACACCGACUUUCCAUUAGCGGUGAUGGUCGUCUAGAUAACCGCAAUCGUAUCUUUGCGGUGGACGACAUGGCCAUACGGCUCGCCAAUUUCAACAAUAACGCGGGCCUCAUGGAAAGCAAAAACUCGAUGAAGCUACUCGCUGUCAAUAAAGAAUGGACACGCGUCUCGGGAACUAUCAAAGCUAAAUCCCAGUUCCAAGUGUGCGCCCAAAGAUUGGACCUGGCUGUCGAGAAUGUCGAGCAGCUCUGCAAAUCUUUGAACUUUUCGGCCGUUGAAGAACUACUCAUAUCAUCAGACAUCAUAGACACGGCGCGGGAGAAAAAUGUGGCCUGUGCGGCCAAAAAAUCCGUGACAGUCGCAUCACAAAUGUGCGUAAAUGACCUUGAGAUUCUAUUCGGAGAAACAGAUACACAUAACGACGCAGCUUUAAAUCAGCAGUUUGCUAUCGCCCCAGGCUCGCGGGUGGAGACAAAUACCGUAUACGUUCACGGAAAUGCAUCGAUCGUUGUCCUUCGCAUCGACGGAACGCUGAAGUGUUCCUCACUACGAGUCGCCGCCAAUAUCCAUCGAGUGCUGAUUACUGGCAAUGGCCAUCUGGAGUGUGGCUCUCUACGUGUCGAGGGAGAGGCGCUAUGCAUAGAUCUGACAAAACCCGCAAAACUAUCGGAGAUCAUCUGUUCACAAGUCGAGAUUCCAACCAUCGUACAAUUUGUCGAUCGAGAGAGUGUGGAAAUCUAUCCGGAGUUGAGCUACCUCGAAAUCUAUGGAAAGGACUCGGUCAAGACGGUCGACUCACUAACUCUCCAUGGAAUUACAACAACAACUAUUGAAUCUGGCCACGCCACCCUCGAACUCGAUGCAGCACAAUGUAAAUCGAUGCUAAUCUCCGGAAACGAAGUAUCGAUUAGCGGACUAGUCCAAGGAGUACCAUCCAGCUGUCUCACCGCCACCGCAGCAAGUCUGACCUGGAAUGUAGCGACUGUUGCUGUUGAAACAUUAGAGCUGAAAGGAAGACGAGAACUCAACAUUAGCGAAGAAAUAAGUGGUUGUGGUAUCGUAUCGAUCGACGGGAAAUGGACAACCCUAACUGGGGUCAUCAGGGAUGUACAGCGGCUAAGUCUGCGAGCCUGGGCAUUGCUAAAUACCGGUCGGAUGAGCGUGCUGGAAAUGUCGGUCAACUGCCUCAGCAUUUUCCUAAACGGUGGAUUGGUGAAAGCCGAUACCCUGAAGAUCACAGCUCCGUUCUUUGUCUCCGUUCACGAGUUCAGCGACGUCUUUGCGCAGAGAGCACAGAUCCACGCAGUCGUAUGUGCAUCUAAUCAUCAGCUGGCAAAUACUUCGAACGCCGACCCAAGCUCUUCCUACCUAUGGCUCGAAUUCGAUGAGAAAUGCACGACUUACGGAAUUACGGAAGAUGAGGCCAGGUCCUGGAAGCAGACAUCAGCCAUGCUACAGGAUCGCUUCAAGUCCAAUUCAAGCGAUGUAGAUGAGACAGUGUUGGCCUUAAAAUAUGUUGCCGAACUCCCCACGGCACGAAUUGAACUUCCGGAAAACUGCGAGAUUUUUGCGGCUUUGCAACAAAUCUACACCAGGUUUGUCGGAUAUCCGAUCGGACUAUUCAGCGUUUCAAAAUUUGUUUCGUUGGUUGCAAAUCUUCGGCCGCGGAUCCAGCUUGACAAGGUAGUGCAGUCUCCGGUACGAGAAGAUGUGCAAAAGAAAAAGAAAUCCAAGAGAAAAUCUAUGGGUUGCGAUUUGUACGAGGGAUUGGUGCAGUUCAAAACGAAUAAGUACGACCGGGAAUCCCGAAACUCGACAGAAACGGUAGAUGGUGGCUAUGUGUCACGAGGCAGCAGUGAAGACCUAGAACGAAAAUUAAGCGCAACCCCACCGCUGUCGCCAGCCCUCGAUCAAAUCAUCUCGGCAUUUUCCGCCGACCACAUGACGAUUGUGGCAAAUCGGCUCGACCCGGCCUUCUAUCCCGGUUCACCAAGCGCGGAGCAGCUCAACGAAAGCUUUGCUGUGGAUGAGGAGGCAGCCGAGCUGCUUGAGUUUGAAGAACUCGAGCUUGAGCUGGAAGAGGAAGAAGCAGGGGUGAUGCGGACUGACGUCGUGGUCUGUCAGGACAAGCUGAUUCGGCUUGCUCCAUUGAAGCAGAGGCUCUUGCCAAGUCGACCAGUGCGAUCACCACCAAGGAUGAUCCCACUGGAGCGUAUGCCUAGCAGUAACGAUCUCGUAAUGAAACGACUUCGGGUCAAACAUACCCUGUCAUCCCUCGAUCUCCGUUCAUAUGGUUCUGAGACUUCGCUGAACUCUGUUGAUCUCAGCCAGCUUGCGACCACG